AUGGUUCUGCGCGUCUGGCUCACCGUGAACCAGCCCCAGUUAACAUGCGUCUCCAUUGAUGCUCAAUCUGUUGCAGUCACCGGGACACGCGACAUUGCGGUGGCCACCCUCCGCAAGCCCGAAGUCCUGUCUUCCCUCUCCGAGAAGUGCCCCGUGUCCCAGCUGCUCAUGAUCAGGCUCGACGUCGUUCAGCCGACAGAGAUAUCUGCCGCGUUCAAAGCCAUCACUCGCGCGUUUCGGCCACGUAUUGUCAUUGAUAUUUGUCGUGAUUGGAUUCCUCUGGGUGGCACUAUCAACCCGUCGUAA